CAAAGCAGAGUCAUCACUGCAGCAACUCAAAAGACGGAGUUUAUUGCAAUAUUCAACUGCUCCCGAACUGAUUCCCUCUUUGCUUCCGUGCAGCACCCAAUUACCAAGUUGAAAGUUUGUGUGAGGUUUACUGUAAUUAUUCCCGGAUGGACCGGAUUGAAUCCUUGUUCAAGGACGCCGACCCCUUCACAACAUGGUGGCCGUUCGUUAUUGCAUUGCUUGUGGGUUUCGGCAUGUCUAUCAGAACAAUUAUGGGUGGCCGACGAUGUCCGAGUUCUUAUCAAAUCGAAGGACAGAUUGCAAUAGUGACUGGUGGAGCCAGCGGAAUAGGACUGGAAGUAGUACGUGCGAUGGUUGAGCGUGGAGGGCAGGUUAUAGUAGCUUGCAAGGAUAUGGAGAAGGCGGAGAAAUCGAUUCGAAUAGCCAGACGUGAAAUACGAUGUAAAGGAGGCAUCGAAGCGCCAAAAAUCGAAAUUAGGUACUUGGAUUUGCGGUCGCUCGACUGCGUUCGAAGGUUUGUUCGUGACUUUAUUCGAACCUACGACCGGCUGGACGUUCUUAUUAAUAAUGCAGGCGUGAUUUUCCACCCGCACGAGAAAACAGCGGAUGGAUUUGAAGUGCACUUGCAAGUGAACUAUUUAGCUCCGUUUUUAUUGACUCAUUUGUUAUUGCCGCAUCUGGAACGCUCUAAGGAUGGCGGGCGCGUAAUUAAUGUCUCGGCACAUGCUCAUAUAUCGGCCAAAAUGGCGAUGGACGACUGUCUAAACAGGAGCUCGUGGUCACCUGCACUACAUCCUCGCGAUGCCUUCGCUCAUUCUAAGUUGGCUGUCAUAUUAGGCACGCGGCAUUUGGCGAAGGAAUUGAAAGAUACAUCGGUCACGGUUAACGUUUACACGCCAGGAUUAGUACGAGGAACUAGUCAUUUGAAAAGAUCCCCAAUUAUGUCGGCAAUUUGCGUCCGGAUUAUAACUUAUCCCUGGAUGUGGCUGCUUCUGAAGAACCCGUUUGAAGGCGCCCAAUCUGCGAUUUAUCUAGCUACGGAUCCCAAAUUUACAAAAAUUUCGGGCAAAUAUUUCAAUGACUGCGAGGAAAGUGAACCCAGUGAGCUAGGACGAAACGACGAACUUGCCGAGAGACUUUAUGCUGAGACAAUGCGAGUACUGGAGCUGGACCGCAAGCCCGAGUGAGUUCGCAACGCAAACGGUUUCAACACAAUUUUCUCAUCAAAUUUACAAAGAAUGUUUCUAAUAAAUAGGAUAAUAAUUAUCUUAUAUCUACUGCCUCAGAAAUCUAGUGAUAUACAUACAUAUAAUCUUGCAAUUUUCGUAUUGUGGUAUUUUUGUAAAACCUGUUUUUUCUAAAAGAACUGAAGCAUUUGCGACCUUCUGCAAAUGAAAGGAUAUAAGGAAUGGAUGAAUUUUAAGAAUUUAAUUAAGGAAUUGUUUCCGCAUGUAAUUAGAUCCUUAUAGAGCCUUAAAAUUAUU